AUGCAAAGGUUUAGUCCCCUAUCUGUAAAUAAGCCUAAAUUUAUUCUCGUUUAUUUUGAAUGGAAGCAGAAUCAAGAGGAUUUUCUCAACCGAAUCGCAUGCGGUGAAGAACAUAUUUUUAAUGAAGCAUAUGAUACUGAAUUCUCACCGGCAUUUAAUUCAAACAAUACUAAUCAAUCAGUUUUUGAUAUUAGUAAUGCUACAAAGGCUCGUCAACUUGGUAUAGUACAUGGUGUAAAGUUGGCUUCAGAAUUCGGUUUCUGUUAUGGAAUGGUUUUGGAAAUUAUCACUUCUAGACAACAACUUCCAUAUUCCAAUGACAUCCUCAAUGAUCAUAGUAACAACAAUAAUCAUCUGAAUAUAACUAAUAAUACUAAUUCGAAUACUCAAUUACAAUUAGAUAAAAUGAAAAAAAAUCAUCAAAUUUAUAAAAUAGCACAACAUUUAUAUCAAUAUUUAAUUGAAUCACCAGGUCUAAUACAAUUAUCUAAUUAUCCACAAUUAAAUAAAUCUAUUCAUUAUAUAAUUGACGAUGAUGACAAUAAUAAUAAUAAUAAUAAUGAAAUAUUGAAAUAUUUAAGAAAUAAAAUGAAACAAUUAAAAAGUUUAUUAGAUAUACAUUCAAUUGAAGAGAAAAUGAAUAAUUAUCUAACUUUUUAA